AAGUUAGCUCUGAGUAAAUCAACGUAAUGGCCGCAUUUUCAAUUCAGUGUUUACAAACACUAUCCUAUUAGGUUGUUUUUUUGUAAAUAAACUUAUUUGUAAUAAAAUUUAUUGGGUAUUGUGAUAUUAGUAAGUAUGUUUAUGUAAUCUCUUAUUGUAGCGCCAUUAAGGAGUUUACAUUAUCAAGUGGUUUUUUUUUUAAAAUUAAAAACACUAACACCCUUUAAAAUAAAACAAUUUCAAUUACUAUUGUUAGUGAUUGUUUAUGAGGUAAUCUACCACUUCAGCGUCGGCCAAGAAAAAAUCCAGUUGUUCCGUUUGGAAGGGCUAUUUAAACAACUAUUCUCACUUUGGAGUCUGUUCAUAUUUUUGCUUCUGUAUAGAGGCUAUAAAGUAGGUACUUGGAUAAAAUUUUCAAAUUGAAUAAAUUAAAAAAUGAACACACCUGUAAGAUAGCUCUUGUUAAAUGAAGUAAUAAUAUGUUUUCAUCUAGCACUUUUCGUUAAAUUGUUAUGAUAUUUUUCAUGAAUAAAAACUCACUUUUUUAACAUAGACAUUUGUGACCUCUUUUCAAAAAAUUUUCACGAAAAGGCUGAUAACUUUAUAGCAGCACGAAAAGGCUGAUAACUUUAUAGCAGAGUGAACAAAUAUUAUGAAACUUUCCAGAAGUGUUCAUCAUCGUAUUAGCAACAUCUUUGUUGAUUUAAAAACUAAAAAAUUAAAUAUAAUAUUUUAAAAAUAUUUUUAAUGUCAUUAUAAAAACUGCCACAAAAAAAAAAUUAAAAAAUUAUUUUAAAAAAAUUAAGACCAAACGUAAUUUAUUUUUAAAAAGGAAAUAUAAUAGAGGCAAUUUUACAAUAAAAAUUAUGAUUUAACUUGAAAUGGAGCAGUAUCUGAUAAAAUAUUACUUAAUAUGUCGAUUAUUGUAUAUAUUAUAUAUAUUAUAAUAAAACCUAAUAUUAAUUAAGAUGGAACUUGAUUGCUUAAGGCAUAAAAAAUGUCUUGGGCUUUCUUAUCUGUCAACUAUAAUUAAAUAAUACUGUUUCCGGUUUGUCACUUUCGUUUUCUGCCAUUUUUUUUUUUUUUGAAUUUUUUGACCCGUUCUGGGGUCUGGCCAAAAAUAACAUUUUUAUGGCCAUCUUAGAGACUUGAAAUUUUACAUGGUGAUAUUUUAUACAAUUUCACAGGUACACCAGGUCGAUUUAAAAUGGGACAACGAAUAGUUUUCAAAAUAUUGAUAAAUUAGACUUAGCUGCUUUCUCACAUUUUUUUUUAUUUACGACAUACUGAUAUUACUAAAAACAAAAUGGAUGUCGUUAAAGCCCGUUCAUUAACGUAACUAGAACAGUAAUUUGUUCGUUGAUCCGACGUUUCUAGCGCGAAAAAAUAAUUUUUUAGUGAACCCUUGUCAUCCAGCACACCCAAAAAAGCGUCUCAAAACCCUAUGGGCCGCGAUUGCGUCAAAAUAGCCUCAUAUCCAAGUACCUACUAUAAAGUUAUAUAAUAAUAAUAUAAUAAUAGCACAAUACUAAUACUAUAAUACAUUUAAAUAAUUAUUACUGCCAAGCUACCGAUAUGCCAGGAAGAAAAAGAGACUUCAAUUAUUUUUUUUUAUAACCCAGAUAACGCGGAUGUCCACACACAGAAUGUGGAAAACGUGAAUGCUUAGAAAGCGUAAACUUAAAAGACAGUUUGGCACAAGAUGCGCCGGUGAUCUUUCCCCUUCAUAUUUACGUGGAUUCAUGUACCACAACCGUUUUCGUGGAAAUUAUAUAUUUUUAAACUUCAUUGUCAACUUGGGGGAGAACUAUGCAUAAUUCCAUGUUCACACAUUAUCUUCUAUUUCAAAAAAAUUCUUAUAGUUUUUCUAAUUUAAAAAAAUUGUCUAUUAUUAUGGGAAUGAAUACGUACAACCAAUGUCAUUAAAAAUAUAGGAAUAGUUGUUUAAAUAGCCCUUCAAACAGGAACAGCUGGAUUUUUCUUGGCCGACGCUCAAGUGGUAGAUUACCGUUUAUUAUUCUAACAAUUGACUCAAUUGAAUUUAUUGAUUAUUGAAACAUUGUUUGGUAGAUUUUGGAUUAACUGUAUGGGUUUUGUCAAGAGUUGUCUCACCUUUAGCACAGUGACGUCACUUAGGGGAAUCCCAACACUGGAGUGAAUAGACCAAUCUUGCAAGACCUGAAUGAUGCUUGUGAUAACUUCCUGUUCUUUAAUGAACAUUCCUCAAGUCAUAAGCCAAAUCUGAUGACCAAAUUGGUUAAUAUGAAGAAUUAAAAUUCAACUUACAAGUUUCAAAAGAAAUGAGAAAGAAACCCAUUCACAUCCUUGCUGAUACCCCAAGAUCCAACACCGGUGGGAAAAAAGAUGCAUGUUUAAGUUCUGUCUUUUGAUUAGUUGACAUUCCAAUUACCUGUAUCAUGGCGUAUGCAGACUACUACUUAAAUAGUAUUGGAAAUGGGUGUCUCAGACCUAUUUACUCUUAUGAUUUUGGCGUAAAAUGUACGAUUUUGAGGCAUAUACACUAUAUAUAUAUAUAUAUAUAUAUAUAUAUAUAUAUUGUAUUUUUUUUUUUACAAUUUCUAUGUGUGUCUGAGACCUAUUUACUAUUAUGAUUUUGGCGUAAAAUGUACGAUUUUGAGGUAUAUACAAUAUAUAUAUAUAUAUAUAUAUAUAUAUAUAUAUUGUAUUUUUUUUUUACAAUUGCUAUUAAGAUAAUGUAUUGAACGAUUUUGUGAUGAUACUGUACGAUUUUUAGAGUUUGAGGGUAAACAGGUCUGGUGUCAGUGCAAAAGCUUAGGAAAUGAAAUCUUAUUUCAGAAAUGUAAAAUAAGAAAAAAUACUUGCAAAAUGAACAUAUAUAUCAAAAUAUUUUGAAUACCGGGUACCGCACUGUAGAUGGAAGUUGACUUGGGGGAACCUCCAUGACCUAUAUAUUGUUGAACACAUCACCAGCCUUACCGCAAACCCAAAAUCAACCCAUUGUAAUUGUAACAAUUUGAUUUUCAUAAAGUAUGUACAUUUAUUAACUUAACUUUUACCCCUCGAGACAGAGCAUUUUUCGGACUAUUGUUGCCAAAAAGACAGAGUCUUUUUUAUAUAUUUUAAAACGGCAAUAUAAAAAAAAUCUAUGGUCUAGCACAAUUAGUGGAGUUCUCUUGUGUGACAUUGGCUGAUCUCAGAUUAAAAAUCACUUUAUCGCAUAUUUUAGGUCAAACAUAAAAAAAAAUUAAAAAUAAACAAUCCGGGCUCCAGCCCCUGGUGCAGUGGGAAGCGUGUCCAACGUUCCGCCAUGCUUAAAGGUUUGGUAGCCACUGUUGUCAAAAAAAUUUAAUACCGGGUACUCUAUUUUGCCCUUAGUUUUUCUAUUUACCAAAGCAGGCUGUGCAUAAUAAUAAUAUGAAACAUUUAGCAAUUAUCAUGACGGUUUUAAAGUUAGGAUAUUUUGAUACCUGUAGCCUUAUUUUUAUUUCUUUUUCAGGAACUUUAUUGUUUUCUAUGAAAUGAGCAGCUUUCAAAAUUCUUUAAACGCAAGUAACGGUCUGCCCGGGGCCACCAGUCCUAAUCCUCCUCACAACAGCAACAACACAGCAACAAUCAUGAACAAUGGUCCAAUGACGAUGAGCUCGCCCAUCAUUAUGGCAAACACAAGCAGUCCCAUCAUGGUGCGAGCCCAGCAGCCCACUAUGUCUCAGCCGGAGCAAAUUAUUGUGCCAGUAGGAAAUGUAAGUAAAAUUUUCCUAAUGUGUCUGUUAGAAAUUUUAUCAUUUAUACAAUAUUUCCAAAUAGCAUUGUCCAGAGUGUUUGAAACAUUGGGUGUGGAUCUAGACUAGAUAUUUCUAACAAGAUGUUGGAUUUUCUUGUUAAAAAUUUGGCUGCUGCUUUGUUGAUAAGAAAAAUGUAUCUGGUUUAAUCUAAUUGACUCUAAAAUUAAAUUUUAAUUUCAUCCAUCCCUGUGGUGCUAAUCCCCAUUUAAGGGCUUUGGCCUGCCUCACCACAUCCUUCCACUGAGACCUGAUACUUUCCUUUUCCAUGCUUGGAUUCCCUGCUGCUGUAGACCCCUCUCCAGAUCAUUCACCCGUCUAAGCCUAGGUCUGCCUUUAAUUUGUUUUCCUCUGGGGUUUCCUCUUCUCUCCUCUGUCAUUUGGUUCUUUUUAAGUGAUCUUAAUAGGAAACCUUAAUAUACAGGUGAUGAAUGCAAGCAAAAUCUCAGAUUCCAUCUCCAGACAGUCUUCAGCUAGCGCACAGGCAGCUUCUACACCAAACGCCAAUCAAGGGGCAUCAGGCUCUGAUACAAGAGGGGUCCUGGACAAGUCACGUCUUAGGGACUUGGUAAAGGAGGUGGACCCACUGGAGCAAAUGGACGAUGAAGUUGAAGAUGUAUGUUUCCUGUUGAUUUUUCAUUUUUUCAUUUAUUGCUUGAAAUGUUGCUCCAUUAAAAAAAAAAUAUCUUAAAAAUUGGGCUAUUUAAGUUUGCAAUUCGUGAUUUAAAGACUCAAAGACUUGCCAUCCUAUCUGUCAAGGGUAUGAGAAUCACUGUUGUCAUGUUUGGUAGGGAAACAAUGUUUAGUUAGAGAUUUCAUGUGUAGCUGUAUCGGUGGUUUGAGAGUGUUGUGACGUAUUUGGGUAAAGGGAAAUGACGCGUUAGUUUUAGUUGUUGUUAUGGUGGAUAGAUGGCAGAUAUACUAGAUUGACGGUUUGGACUUGUGUGUUGCUGAGUGUUAGGUUGAAACGAUUUGAUGAUUAGUCUGUAAUUAUGUAACAACCAUAGUUAGGGAAUUGUAAAAAUAAAUUCAUAUCUUGCAACAAAACUAUAAGUGUUGGUUGUAUUACUAGCUGUUGCUAUUAGAUAUACUGUCUUGUGGGAUGGAGUGAAAGACUUGGCCCAGCCAAGUAGACACUCAUCGCCAUGAUGAACACGAAACAACAGGUUCAACAGCUCGUCACUAUCUUGAUCUUAAACAGUUAUGAUAAUGAACAACCUAAUUCCUUUAUCAUUGAAUUUUUUAUUUUGAUUUUUGUGCACUGCUGUUUAGUUCCUGUAAUAUUUUUCCAGGUACUACUGCAAGUUGCUGAUGAUUUCAUUGAAAACGUUGUGGCCGCAUCUUGCCAGCUGGCAAAGCAUCGGCGUUCCAAUACACUAGAAGCAAAAGAUGUCCAGUUAUAUUUAGGUAUGGUACCAAAAAAAUCAAAAGUUUUAAGUUUGGUUAUGGAAGUGGAUGUUAUGUACUACAACUACAAGUAACUAAUGGUUUCUACAUGAAUAUUUUUACCCAUACUUUUUUUUAAAAAAUAAGUUUUAAAAAUUUUCAGAGCGUAGUUGGAAUAUGCAAGUUCCUGGAUUUGGCUCAGAAGAAAUACGGCCGUAUAAAAAAUCCAUCACGACAGAAGCACAUAAACAAGUGAGUAUCCUAUUUUCGGCUUCAUUUAUUGUGUCUUUGUUCAUAGAAUAUGUACAUUUAUGAACUGUAAAUUGCUUUCGAACAUUAUUAUAUUUGACACAUACCUAUGUUUGAAGCCACUUUGGCUAGUUGCUCUUGACACUCUACUGGUACCGGUACUUAUUAAAUUUAUUAUUACAGUGGGUUGUUAAGGUGUAUGCAGCCAUCUUAAUAUCAUGUGCACACCAGUGGUAAAGGUGGGAAGGGCGUGAUUGGUCAGUAAGAGUAAACUUCUCGACGGGGAAAUGAGUAGAUGUACUUAAAAAAAACAAAGCACUAAUAGAGUCUGUUUUAGUUUGAGAAAUAUGACCAUAAAUAAUCCAUUCUAAUAUGCUAUCUAUUUCAGAGGAUGGCCCUGAUCAGAAAGACAUUAAAGAAAUACUAGUAUUAGAUCUGAAUUUUUGUUCUCCUAUUUUGUGUAAAGAACUAAUUGUGUUUCGCCAACUUAUUAAAAUGCAUAAGUUUAUUUUAUUCGGUAGAGGUUUUCUAAAUCUAAAAAAAAAAAAAAAAAAAAAAAAAAAAAAAAAAAAAAACAAAAAAAAAAAAAAAAAACCAUAUAAAUAUAUAAUAUAUAUAUAUAUACGGUAAUGAAAAAUGGGUAACCUUAAAAAUUUUAAUGGCAGGAAAUAUUAUCUAGGUUUAAUCCACAUUGUUGAAAAGCAUUAGCACUGUUAUACUGCUUUUUUAAAAUGGAACAAGUAUUAGCAUUAUUCAUACAUGCAAUGGAAAUUAUAAAAUGAAAACUGUAGUAGCCCGAAGCCAUUAGAUUUUCUGUGCAGUAAACCCGCUAAAAAGAUCUAUAACUUAUUCCAAAGUUGGACAUCUUACAACAAAUAAGGCUAAAGGUUGAUUUUUUAUUUGAAGCGGUUUAGCAUUGUUCUUGUCAGCACCGCAUGAACUAGACCACUGGUGGAUAUUUAAUCAUUUUUUUGUUGUGCUCAUAAUGCAGAAAGCGUGUAAAGCUUCAUUUAUCAUAUUCAUGGCAAUGUGUUUGCAAUGAUGAAAUAGCCAUAGCUGUUGGUGUUUGCAAUGAUGAAAUAGUCAUAGAUGUGGGUGUUUGCAAUGAUGAAAUAGCCAUAGCUGUGGGUGUUUGUGAUACUUUCUGUGUGAAAGUUUUAGCAAUCUGUAAGAGUGUAAUAAUUGUUGUUGAUGGUAUAGUGGAUUAUUAACUUGAAUGCUCCUAUUGUUAACUUAAAUAAAAUGCAAAACAUGUUGAUGUUACAGAACAGAGUUUUCGU